AUGUUAGAAGCACGAUUAGGUCAAUCCGCCGUAUUCAAAAAGGUACUUGAUUCCAUCAAGGACUUGGUAUCAGAUGCCAACUUUGAUUGUAACGACAAUGGAAUUAAUUUGCAAGCAAUGGACAAUUCCCAUGUUGCAUUGGUCAUUCUGUCAUUGAAGGCCGGCAUGUUUGAUCCGUUCCGAUGUGACAGAAAUCUCUCUAUUGGAAUCAACUUGGCCUCGUUGGGCAAAAUCAUGAAAUGUGCUGCAAAUGACGAUGUCCUCACAAUUAAGGCUGACGACCAACAAGAUACUCUCAGUUUGACUUUUGAGAAUAACAAUCAAGAUAGAGUCAGUGAAUAUGAACUCAAACUCAUGGAUAUUGACAGCGAACAUUUGGGUAUCCCUGAAACAAACUAUGAAGCAUCCAUAAAGAUGUCGUCUACGGAAUUCCAACGUAUUUGCCGUGACUUGAUGCAAUUGAGUGAAUCUGUAAUUAUCGAGGCCACCAAAGAAAGCGUCAAGUUUACUGCGAAUGGUGAUAUUGGUAACGGAAACGUGACUCUCAAAGCUGGUGGAGGAUCUGCAGACAAGGAGGACGAUGUUCCUACCGAAAUCGAGUUGCAAUCUAAUGUGACCUUGACCUUUUCUCUAAAGUAUUUGGUCAACUUUACAAAGGCAACUUCGCUCUCAAAGGCUGUUACUCUAUCCAUGUCAAACGAAGUACCUCUUCUGGUAGAGUACAAGGUUUCCGAUGAGGGGCAUAUUCGUUACUACUUGGCACCGAAGAUUGGUGAUGAUUCAUAA